CAUCACCUCCAAUCACUAGUCCAACCUCACAUCUCCUUGAUCGAUCCCAAGUCGACUGUCAGUGGCCGUCUCAUACCACUCGACAGUCACCGACAUAUCUCUGAACGACAUGGCCCGCUCAUCCGCCCCCUCAACGCCCUCGACGCCUGUCCCCUCUGGCUCAGCCUCUGCUGCUGGCCCAUCCUCAGCGGCACACCUCGACCCAACUCAGCUCCACUCCAUCUCCCCUGGCGGCUCUUACUCACUCGAGUCCGUCCGACCGGGAUGUAAGAUCUUUGUACAGAAGCCCGAUCUUGCCACAGGAGACAUUGAGGAACGAAGAGCCGAGGUGCUCAGUCGACGUGAGAAGUACCAGGGGAGAUCGAGGUUGAGCACGAGGAGAAAGGCGGGAGAGGCUGGUAGCAACGGAGCAGGAGGGCAUGGCGCAGAUGGAGACCGGCAACAGAAUGUGGCGGAGAAGUACGAGUACUACGUGCACUAUGAGGAGUUCAACAAGAGGUUGGACGAAUGGGUGCUGGGGACUAGGCUGAUACUAAGUAGGGAGAUCGAGUGGCCGAAGCCUGCUGAUCAGGGAGUCGGGUCGCACGGUCAUGGAGGUCAUGGGCAUGGAGCCAGUACCCCUUCUCAGAAGAAGACAAAGGCAGCCACGCCUGCUGGUGGAACGACGAAGACUUCUACAUCAACCGCGGGAACACCGAGGAGCGGCGCGACGACGCCUACCAAGGGCGGAGCUGGUCAACCUGCAGGUGCUUCGACGCCGAAAGAUGACAAUCUUCUGCGGAGGGCAGCGACCAAAGCGGCCAGCGCAGCUGCGGGAGGUAGUCAGACGGCGGCUGCAGGCAUCAAGCGCAAGGCGUCGCAGGGCGUAGGUGACGACGGCGACGGCGACGAGGAGAUGGCCUCUCCCUCUGCCGACUCACCCAUGGCGGACGGAGACGGGGAGACAGACUCUCAAGCCUCACAAGACGGAGAAGACGGCGCCGUUGUCGCAAUGGAGCUGCUAGGAGCAGACGAAUCCGUCGACCUGUCAAACGACGCUUCUGCCCCUUCGACAGACCCGGCGGCCACCGCUGCCCCACCGGCUGCGCCAAUCAGUAAAGAGCAGGAGAUUGAGAAGCUCCGCACAUCGGGAUCGAUGACCCAGUCUGUCUCUGAAGUGGCUAGGGUCAAGAACUUCGACGCCAUCCAGAUGGGAGCGCACGAGGUCGAGACGUGGUACUUCUCUCCCUACCCAAUCGAGCUCGCCGCAACGGGCAAGCUCUUUUUGUGCGAGAUGUGUCUGUCCUACUUCUCGUCCGCCUUCACUCUCGGACGUCAUCGUACCAAGUGUACUCUAGUCCACCCGCCGGGCAACGAGAUCUACCGACACGAGGAUAUCUCCUUCUUUGAGAUCGAUGGGCGCAAGCAGAAGACUUGGUGCAGGAAUCUGUGCUUGCUGAGCAAGUGCUUCCUGGAUCACAAAACGCUGUACUACGAUGUCGAUCCGUUCUUGUACUACGUCAUGGUGCAGAGGGACGAUACGGGAUGUCAUACGAUUGGAUACUUCAGUAAAGAGAAAGAGAGCGCUGAGGGCUAUAACGUCGCCUGUAUCUUGACGCUUCCGCAACAUCAGCGCUCAGGUUUCGGUCGUCUCCUCAUCGAUUUCAGCUACGAGCUCUCCAAGCGCGAGCACAAGCUCGGCUCUCCCGAGAAGCCUCUGUCCGACCUCGGUCUCCUAGGCUACAGAGCCUACUGGGCAGAGACGAUUGUAGGCUACCUGCUGGACAAGGGUGACGGUGAGGAGACCAGCAUUGACGAGGUCGCAUGGAAGACGUGCAUCACUCAUGCCGACGUGCUGCAUACCUGCACGUCGUUGAACAUGCUCAAGCAGUUUCAGGGGAAGCAUUACCUUGUGCUCAAUGACUCGGUACUGGCGAAUCAUGAGAAGCAGAUGGCCAAGAGGAAGCGGAGGAUUUUGGGAGACAAGCUGAACUGGGUGCCGCCGGUCUUCUCGAGGGCUCAGCUGCAGUUCGGGUGGUAGCUAGGUCGUGACGGUGGUGACUGUCGUGAGAGUUGUCGUGUUGUAUUACCAUUCUUUGGCCUGUAACUAUUUCACAUGUUCAUCGG